CUUAAUUUUCCCGUUGCCAAAAAAGCUAUUCAUUCCAAAUUUUUUCUUAAGAACGAAGAUGAAAUCCUCAAAGCUGAAAAUAUUAGGAAAUUGUUUGCUAUCCUUGGCCGUUACUGUAACUAUUGCAACUAUGAGAUUAUCGUGCACGUUGUCAAAAGAUAUGGUGAUGUUAAGUUAAAGACAAGAAUUACAAUGUACUGUGAUUCAAUACGAAAAUUUGAAAUCAGCACAACAGUUUUUGUCUACCUUCAUGCAAUUUCAGCACUUCCAGAUGGUGAAAUUUGCAAAGGAUUCACUCAAAUGGCCAUGAAAAUCAAUAAGCCCACUUCCGUGUGCACACUUUUUGAGAUUCGACAACUAAAGGAAGCUAUUGCAGAAAAUGCUUCUGUUCAUUCGUACGGUGUUUAUAUCGAGAGUUGCUGAAAGUUCGGUUCUGGUGCAGUUUCGUGUUCAUCCUGACUGUACGGCGAUGGUUUUUGCAGCAUUGACACCCAACUUUACAUACCUGUACAAUGUUACAGUUGUGGAUGAGGUUACUUCACUUGGUUUACCGGCGGUUGGUGCGACGGAAAAGGAUUAUGAUCAGACUGGAGACAGUGGACUGGGAACUGGAUCUGGUAGUGCUGAGUAUCUUGUGAAAAAUUCCCUGCCAGCAAAGAAAGAAGCUCCAUAUUUUACACAUCUUAAAGAAGUAGACGAAAAUGUAUAUACAAGUCGCAUACCAAAAAGGGUAAGUUAAAGUAAUAGCUAGUAGUUUGUAGUUGCUGCCUUUUUUCAGUAGAGUCAGUGCAUCUCAAGAAAUCAGUGUUAAUGAAGGUGGUGAGGAUUCUCGAAUCACCCAAGAUACAGGAGAUUGAAUUAGCACAGCAAGUAAGAGAAAUGGUGUUGGGAAGCAGCUCGCCAACUGAUGAUGAGGAUUUUCCUAGCAGUCACACACCGCAUAGUACAAGGCAACCAAGAGUGACAGACUCUCGUUUGUCCGUCUUUGACCCUCCUCCUCCACGUCUCCCUCCACGUCU